AUGGGAAAGAAGGAAAUAGAAUUAAAUGUGAAACCAAAGGGUGAAAUCCAUGGCUUCACCUCUAAGUUUCUCGUAGACAAAGUUAUCACCUUCGCUGAAGCUGGAAGCUGGACGACCUUCAACGCCCAUCUAGCUUUACUCAUCUAUGGGAUUGUCUUGUUUCCAAAUAUGGAGGAGUUCGUAGACAUGACUGAUAUUCACAUCUUCUUGACUCAGAACCCAAUUCCCACUCUUCUUGUUGAUACUUACUAUUCCAUCCACGUGAGAACCCAAAAGAAGAAAGGGACUAUCGUCUGCUGCACCCCUUUGCUAUAUAGGUGGUUUAUUUCGCAUUUACCCAGCAAAGGUCCUUUAGUUGAGAACAAAGAUAACUUGAAAUGGUCCCAGCGGAUCAUGUCCUUAAAAGCCAAAGACAUUCCUUGGUAUUCUCGAGUGUACGAUGGUGUCAAGCUCAUCCUCAAUUGUGGGGAUUUUCCUAAUGUACCUCUUCUUGGUACAAAAGGAGAAAUCAACUACAACCCGAGGUUAGCAUUGCGACAACUUGGAUAUCCUGUGGUGGACAAACCUGAUCUCGAAAGUUUAAAGGGUUUUGUUUUAUACGAAGGGGUCGAAGAGCCAGAGUUGAUCAAGGAGAUUGUCAAGGCUUGGAGGUCGAUUUUUCCUCAAGGAAGAGAAGAGAUGGGUAAAAAGAACUGUAUCACCAAGGAAGCUUACACCAGUUGGGUUAAGAGCAGAGUUAGUGAGGUCUUGUUGUCGUUCCCGCCCGAACCAUCCAUGAACCUCCAACCUCCUGAGCCAGAGAACCAGCCAAAUUCUGAAGUAGAUGAAUUGAAGAAGGUUAUCAAGACUCUAGAGAAAGAGAAUGCCGAUCUCAAAUCUAAGCUUGCUAAGAUCUCAGUGGAGAAAGAAACCUUGAAAUUCAAUUUGAAUCAGAAGAGAGACCGAGUUUGUCAAGCAGAUGAUGAGGUACAGACAGAGGUUUUCAAAAGACUCAAAGUGGGUGACACCCUCAAAGGGACUUAUGACAGCCUAACAACCAAAAAGAAGCAGUUAGCCGAAGCCCAAUACCGAGCUGGUAAAGCAGUACUAGAACACAUGGAGCAAAUGAAGAAACUUCAAAGCCUGCUAGAAGCUUGUAACAAAGAGUUGAAGGAUGAGAGAAGCCGCAAAAAACAGCUAGAAGUCACCCUUCGCCAAAACCAGUACGAGCUGAAUCAGAGACUAGAAGUCCACACAAGCAUGUUUUCCCUACUAUCCACCCAUACACUAGAACAUCUGCUAACCUAG